CCCAUUGACCGUGUCGCCCCGUGACCGUGUCGCCCCCUGUGACUUGGGAAGGGUGAAGUAGAGUGAGCUGGAAGUGGCGGGCGGCCGCCGGGCGCCAGGGGCCGGGGUGCUCCUCUCAGCCCCCUGCGCACCCUCGGGCGCAGCCGGCCAGCGCUCGGCUUAGGGAGACUGCUCGCCUGAAGGGGCUGGUCCUGCCCUUCUCUAGGUGCGUAUUCCGCCGAAGCAAGCAAAUUACCCGAACCGCAAAAACACUUGGGAACUUUGAAAACUAGCAGCCCUGGAGCCGAGGAGUCUAAAAUGUCUAGCGGCAGAGAGGAGGAAGGUGAAUUCUCUGUUUUGGAUUAAGAGCUCCAAAAUAUUCCUUUUCUAGAGUCAACCGCUAAGCGAGGAAACAAAGGGCUUUCUGCCCCACACUGGCCUCCCCGCAGCUUUUGCACUCAGAAAAGUUUUCGGUUGAGGUUGGGUUUUUUUUUUUUUUAUAAUUUGGUUAGGGCUCUUUCUGCGUUAUGUAAAAGUAACAUGGAUUUUAAACACCACAAGACCCACAGAAAAGUAAUCCCAUCCCUGUUCUGCCAGUUUGGGUGGUUUUUUAGUUAACCGGGUAAGAGAGCCAUUACUGGACAAGAACCCUGUGUGAUUUUAUGGUGCAAAUAAGCCUUUGGACCUGGACAGACGUUCUGCAUCUACAAAGCCUCCGCAAGUGUGCCCUCUGGCACCGUGACGCCUUAGUUUGGGGGAACUUGUGAUACUCACUGUGGUAGGCGCAGUGGCAAAAAUAAUGCCAGGGACAACGACAUGAAAUGAAAAUCCACCCAGCAGGAAGAGAAGUUCAUGAAACUCUGCAGAAGGGAAAGAAAACGCAUGAUCUGGAAUAUCUGUCCCUGGGGCCCAGUGCCCUGCUCUGACCUCAGCAGUUCUUGGCCCAGCUGAUGGUGUUCCUGAUCAGUUUCAUAAGCUCCGUGUUCUGCGGCCACCUGGGGAAGCUGGAACUGGAUGCUGUCACGCUCGCAAUCGCAGUUAUCAAUGUCACCGGCAUCUCCGUGGGAUUUGGUUUAUCUUCUGCUUGUGACACCCUCAUGUCUCAGACCUACGGGAGCCCCAACAAGAAGCACGUGGGCGUCAUCCUGCAGAGGGGCGCGCUUGUCCUGCUUCUUUGCUGCUUCCCCUGCUGGGCGCUCUUCCUCAACACCCAGCACAUCCUGCUGCUCCUCGGGCAGGACCCAGACGUGUCCAGGCUCACCCAUACCUAUGUCAUGAUCUUCAUCCCAGCUCUUCCUGCAACGUUUCUUUAUACACUGCAGGUUAAAUAUUUGUUCACUCAGGGAAUCGUACUGCCCCAGAUUCUAACUGGACUUGCUGCCAACCUUGUCAAUGCCCUCAUCAACUAUCUGUUUCUCCACCAGCUGCAUCUUGGGGUGAUGGGCUCAGCACUGGCAAAUUUGAUAUCCCAGUUCUCCCUGGCUCUGCUCCUCUUUCUCUACAUCUUCUGGAAGAAACUGCAUCAAGCUACCUGGGGAGGGUGGUCCCUGGAGUGCCUGCAGGACUGGGGCCCCUUCUUCCGCCUGGCCGUCCCCAGCAUGCUCAUGCUGUGCAUCGAGUGGUGGGCCUACGAGAUCGGGAGCUUCCUGAGCGGCAUCCUCAGCAUGGUGGAGCUGGGAGCCCAGUCCGUCGUGUACGAACUGGCCACUGUUGUGUUCAUGAUACCUACUGGCUUCAGCGUGGCUGCCAGUGUCCGCAUUGGGAAUGCGCUGGGUGCUGGAAACAUCAAGCAGGCCAAGAGGUCCUCAGUCGUCUCCGUGCUAGUCACAGAACUCUUCGCUGUAGUCUUUUGUGUCCUGCUGGUAAGCUGUAAGGAUCUUGUGGGGUACAUUUUCACUACUGACCGAGACAUCAUCACUCUCGUGGCUCAAGUGGUUCCAAUCUACGCUGUUUCCCAUCUCUUUGAAAGUCUGGCUUGCACAGGCGGUGGCAUUCUGAGGGGAAGUGGGAACCAGAAAGUUGGAGCCAUCUUUAACGCCAUUGGGUACUAUGUGAUUGGUCUCCCCAUCGGGAUUUCAUUGAUGUUUACAACCAGACUGGGAGUGAUCGGUCUGUGGGCAGGGAUUAUCCUCUGCACAAUCUGUCAAGCUGUGUGUUUUCUAGGCUUUAUUGCUCGGCUGAAUUGGGAAAGAGCCUGUCAACAGGCUCAGGUGCAUGCCAAUAUGAAACGGAACACGGCCCCGGAUGGGACUCUUCUCUCCCAGGGCUUCCUUUGCCCAGUGGGCCCUGAAAGCCAUGGAGAAAGUUUAAUGGCAGAUGUUGAAAAAGAAGAUGAGACCCAGUUGGAUCAGCAGAUGCACCGAGAAGAACAUCCUCGGGUCCAUCCCAAGGACGGGACGAGGCUGACUGGGAGACAGUUGGUGCUGUGGCGAGGGCUUGUGCUCCUUGGAGCCAUUCUGAUUCUGCUGGUGGGGAUUUUAGUGAGAGUUUGCGUCAGAACCUAAUGAUGUGGCAAGAGAGGAGUCUGGUCAAGUGAUACUUUUGAACUCACAAGCAAAUAAUUCACAGGUCGAAAGGUGGGAAUUUGUUUUCAGUUAAGGUCAUUCGACUAUGCCCAUGGAUUUCAAGAACUGAGAGUUCAAAGAUAUAUUGAAAGAAGAAAGGAACUAAUGAAGAAAAUGAACUAAGGUACAAAACUAUGUUCUAGUCCAAGACAAUGUCUGUGAGAUUACAUUAGAGUAGUAAUUCAUUCACUGCUGUCUGAACCAAGGGCCGUUGUGUGCUGACUAUCUUCAUCCAUGGCUUCAAUGUUCUACUUGCUGUUUUUUUUUUUGUUUUAUUGUAUUUUAUUAUUAUUUUUUUUGAUAGAAACCCAUGUACUGAGUGCUUAAGGAUUGUUGCUGUCUGAAUUAUUUAAAAUAUACAACUAUGUUACAAUAUAGCUUUCCUUGUGCCUGAGGUUAUUAUUCAGUGGAAAAUGACAUUGUUAAUAUUCAUUUGGGGGUCAGAUCUCAGGCACUGGAGAUGCCUAGGAAACAAAGAGGAGUCCGAUGGCAUCGAUUAGCCAGCUGUCUGUCAAGGGCCUGGUGUCAUGGCUGGUCUGGGCUGAACCGGACAGGCAGCGAUCAGGAGGAGUGAAGCUGCAGGCUAAGGCUCUGCUGGGAACCAGCACUUCAUCUUUUCUACAGUGGUGGGCAUCCCACAGAGAGAAAUAAGGGGUUUGAAGAGCUAACUGGGGGCAGAAAUCAGGCCUUUUCCUACUUUGAGAGAAGGGAUCCUGAAGUUGGGACGCAGCAGAAAAGAGGCUGUUAGGAGAGGUGAGGCCAGGGUCCUGGCAGGCCCUGUUUAUCUUCUGUUGGGUCUGUUCUUAUCUACAACAGGCGUGGGCUUUUGGUGGCAGACAUGGUGUGUAUCAAGGAGGUUUUGUGUGGCAUGUCUCAGAAAUGAGGAGGUCUUAUGAAUGCUCCCUUCUACCUGGCCUUGGA